CAUCGUCGUCGCCUCGUUUGACUAGCCAAAAAAAAAAAAAAUCAGACGGUGGCGAUGGUUGAAUGGGAGAGAACGAAGCACACGUGUCUCAGACUCGUACUCUCCGGCACCGAUCCGAUAUUCGUCAAAGGCACUUGGCAUCCCUCUCGGUUCGAUAUCUCCAUCACCGAUGGCUCCUCCUCUUGGCUUUGCAACGCGACGGAGGAGGAGGUGGCGGAGCGGGCGGCGCAGUGGGACCAGCCGGUGUCGGAGUAUCUCCAGCUCGCCGAGCAGUACUUAGGGUUUCAGCAGCCUAACUCGAUCUACAGCUUCUCCGACGCUCUUGAGGGAUCUAAACGGCUGUCUUGGACGUUUGAGAAGGAAGGGACUAAACUGGAGUGGAGGUGGAAAUGUAAACCAUCACAUGAGAACAAGAAGAUCACUGUUGGGAUCUUGAAUUUUCUUAUGGAGGCUAACAUAAGGCUAAGUGAAGAAGUUGUGAACAAGACAAGAUCUUUUGAGAAGAUGGAAAGUGAAGCUGAGAAAUGCCUAGCGCAAGGUGAAAGACUCUGCAGUGAAAAAAUGGAGUUUGAGGAUGCAACUUAUUCAAAGUUCAUUUCUGUGUUAAAUGCAAAGAAGGCAAAACUCAGAGCACUAAGGGACAAAGAAGUUUCAGGGAAAGAAGUUGCAGAGGAAGAGGAAGAGUCCACGGAUAAAGGUGAAAGCUCUGAGAGUGGAAGAAGCGACAAUGAGCAUAGUGAAGAAGAAGCCUCAAAGAAGGCAGCAACAACAAGCAGCAGAGGCCGUGGCAGGAAGAGAGCUGCACGCAGUUGAGAAGUUAAUAGCUAUGACAAGAUGUGUGUCUUCACUUCACACAAACAAAAGUAGCUCAUGUUAUGUCGAAACAUCAUCGUAGGUGCACGUUGAUCCCAUCUCUCACGUUUUCCUCAAAUUUUGUACUCCGCUAACGUGUUCUCGUCUCGUCUCGUCAAGUGUUGUUUGUCUUUGUAAAGUUGUAAUGGUCUCACCGUUGUGUUAUAUGGUUUUAUGUUGACUGACAAUGUUUCUUAGUUAUCAUUCUUCAGCAAAAUCUAGAAAAUCAUGUUUUAGUGUU